AUGUAUCCUGGCAUUCCUCACUUCUGUGUGAUUUAUCUUACAAGGUUUCCUCUCUCCUACCAUCCUGCAGGUGUGUUUGACAAUUGCUCCCAUGCAGUCAGCAACAAGGGCUGGGCCCUGGGAAUUCACUUGUGGCAGCACCUAGGGAAGAAAGAUGCCCGCUUCUUUUUCUCUCUCAGGACAGACCGGAUGAAGAGAGCCACUGUAGUUUCUGGGUACCACCGAUAUCGACCCAAUACCUGGACCCAUGUGGCUGCUACGUAUGAUGGGCAGUGGAUGACUCUGUACCUGGAUGGGGUGCGGGUGGGCAGAAAUGACCAGCAAGCAGGUGCCUUGCACAGUGCCUUCAUGGCCUCCUGCCGCACCUUGAUUCUGGGAGGGGACACUUCUGAGGAUGGGCAUAACUUCCGUGGGCACCUCAUGUCCCUGGCUCUCUGGAACAUAGCCCUGCCCCAGGACAGGCUUCAGCGUGGCUUCUUACAGGUGGCUGAGGGUGGGGAUGCUGCCUUGGUGCUCAGCACUAGCUUUGCCCGCCUGGAGGAGCAGUGGGUAACAUUCAAAGAUGAGGUUUACCCUCUGCUUGAGAACCUCCCGAUGCCGGAACCUGAUGUUCUCUUUCCACUAGCACCCCCUGAAUGUGGGCAAACUGUCUGUGACAAUGUGGAGUUGAUCUCCCACUACAACAGGCAUUGGCCGCUGCGCAGUGAGAAGAUGGUCCGUUACCGCGUGGUCAACAUCCAUGAUGACCGUGGGCUCCAACCUACCGUCAGCCGGGAGCAGAUCUCACGUCAGCACCAGGCCCUGAGUGAAGCCUUCAGUCGUUACAACAUCACCUGGCAGCUGACUCUCCAUGAGGUCUACAACUCUUCAUUGCGCCACCGCACGGUCCUGGUCAACUGUGAGCCCAGCAAGAUUGGCAAUGACCACUGUGACCCUGAAUGCGAGCACCCUCUGACUGGCUAUGAUGGGGGUGACUGUCGCCUGCAAGGGCGUUGCUUCUCCUGGAAGAGGCGGGAUGGUAUCUGCCACAUGGAGUGCAACAACAUGCUCGAUGACUUUGAUGAUGGAGAUUGCUGUGACCCCCAGGUGACUGAUGUCAGGAAGACCUGCUUUGACCCUGACUCACCUGAACGGUAA